AUUGCUGAGCAUCCGUAAACCAAAGCUGAGCAACGGGAAGACAUGGGGAGUGUUGGACGCCAAGGCGUUCACGUAUACCCUAUCAUGGCAGAAGGCUUUGGAUUCCGGAGCGGGACUACCCUUUCUGGAGCAUGACUUCCUCACGAUCCCUGUAUAUCUGAAGAAACACUACUCAUUGGUGAUUGUGUGCGAGCCAUCACGGAUCUUCAAACCUGCCAAAUCUGAAGAUAAUGCGCCGCUUGACAUGGUGCUGUAUGACAGCGCCCUCUCCCGCACUGAUGCGGCGGCAGUGUUCGGCGGCUGUAAACUGGUUCUGUCAGUGUUGGCAAAAGAAACCCAUCCUCACGUGGACACGGAAAAUGUGGACAUGGUGCUGAAGGAGGCCAACUGCAUCGUGCUUGGG